UAAAAUAUCAAGACAAUAAUAGAAACACUAUUGUAUGGAAAGAUAUAAAUUUGAAAAAUAUUGUAGUAUGUUGUAAACAGCUUUAUAACACAUCCUCUAAAAUAAAAAAUUACGAUUAAGAAAAAUCACUAUCGCAGGUCCAGCUGGUAACAUUAUUUGGAAAUUUGACAUUUGUACGGUUAAUAUUAUUGGUGUUCUGUGGUAAAUAUUAAUAUUAUUUAUACUUGUGAUAUCUAUCAAGUUGAAUUUAGUCUCCAAAAACAUAUAUUCUUACAUCUACUUCUUAAUAUUAUAAUUCAAUUAUCGGUAUACUUUUUCAUGUGAAACUAUAACAUUAAAAACUUGAGUUUCAAACUUAUAACUAAGUACUUACCCAGCCAUUCUUUAAAGUCCUCGUGGAAAGAACUGCUACCAACCACAGCGUUUCACACGUUCUUUAAUGUUACAUACAUUUGGAGGAAAAGAAAAACACGCAAACCAGAUCAAAAGCAUCAUAUAUCAUAUAAAAGUCUUUUAAUUGUAAAUCACGCCAAAAAGAACUUCAAAUAUAAUGGUAUAUUCAUAUCAUCCAUCCAUGGCUAAAACCAACCAAAGAGAAUAUAGAAACCCUCAAUGGAGACCAAAUUCAGGAUUUAAGACAAAUUACUCAGGAAGAAAUAAAUAUAUGCAAAAAGCUGCUGAAAUAUCUGAUGAACACUGGUGUGAAACAUGUGACCGAAAUUUUAAUAAUGCUGACUUAUUAGAAAAACAUAAAAAGCAACAUGAGAAAUGUAAUAUUGAUGGCUGCCAGUUUGUUGCACACCCUAAUGUUAUUACAAAACAUAUACAAAUGCAACAUUCAUCUGGAUUAUACAAAAAAAUUGCAAAUGUUAACAAUCCAGAAGAAAUAAAAAAAUGGAUAGAGGAAAGAAAAAAGAAAUAUCCCACUUUGAAUAAUAUUGAGAAAAAAACAGCUCAAAUAAAGGAAAAGAUUGAAAGAGGCGAAAAAAUGGGUUUACAAAAGAAUUACAAAUUACAUAAUAAUUACAAACAACCAGAUACAAAAAGGAAACAUGAUUACAGUUAUAAUAAUAACUCAAGACAUAGACAAAACCUUCCACAAAGUUUUUCAAAGGAUCAAAUGGGAGUGCAACCAGUAAUAACAUCUAAACAUAUUAAUAAAAAAAUAACUAAAGAUAAUUUGUUGUCGAUUUCCAACAAUGAAAGAAAGCUUAAACCAUUUAAAGGAAUACAAGAUUUGACAGAGAAUAGUGAUACAAAUGAAGAGACAGAAGACUCAGACAGCAAUUUCUCAGUAGAUGAUGAAGUAGAAUAUUCUAAUAAAAAUAAAGAUGUUACUGAUGAUAAACAACCCAUAGUUUGCAGUGCCCUAUCAACUUUAAUGUGCAGUUAUGAGUCCUCUGAUGAAGAAACAAAAACAGAUCUAGUAAAAAAAGAAUCUUGUGUAACAAGAGAUAAUGGAAAAAUGUUAGAAAAGAAGAAACUGGAAAUUGAAUAUGCAAUAAACAAAAACAAUAUAAGUGUUCCAAAUGCUAAUAAUAUGAUCGAAGACAACAAUAAGAGUGAUUGUGACAGUGGCCCAGAAGAAGUAAAAAUUGAUAAGAGUGUCAAUAAUAUUGAAACAGACACUAAUCAGACUCAAUCCAUUAAUAAUAAAACAUUACCUAAAAGAAAAAUGGGUGCUCAUGAAACUAAUUAUAACAAGUAUAAUAACAAGAAACCAAAACUACCGUCAACCCUUCUUCAAAAACUACUUAGUAAAGAAAUGCAACAUGAACGUAAUGUAGUUCUGCAAUGUAUUAGAUAUGUUAUAAAAAAUGAUUAUUUUGUUAAUUGAUAACUAUGUUUAUUAAAGAUUAAUGAUAAAACCAUGUCUCAGUACCUGGAUAAUAUUAAUUUUGA